AUGCUGCAGCACACCUUGGUUCAGAGUGAGAGGAGAGCGAGGUUUCUAUUCUUUUUCUAUACUUUCUAUAAAGUAUUUUCACCCUUUCUGACAUUCAAAUGUCAUGUCAGUUUGCUAUUUAGUUACGUCCCACGUGUUUAAGUGUACUUCCGGUGGCUAAUCUCGUAAUUUCUACAUGUUCUUGAAUGAUGUAGCUAUCAAUAAAUGUCCUUGGAUGAGUAGCUAGCUAACAGUGGGAGGAGAGGUUUCCAGCAGCUCGCGCUCAUUCAUUGAUUCAAAGUAGCAAGUCAUCAUGGCAGAACAAAGUCUACUGGAAACGGAGGCGAUACAAUGUAACGUUAAUGCUAAAGACAGCGGCUUCAAAAAACGUUUAGGACUGAUCGCAACUGGAAUUGUCGGGGGGUCAUUGGUUGCCCUUUACGCUGUAGCAUAUCCAUUUGUUGCACCUGCUUUGAGAAAGGUGUGCCUACCUUAUGUUCCCGCAACUACAGCACAGGUGGAAAAUGUCCUGAAAGUGCUGCAGGCGAGAUCUGGAUCCCUCGUGGACAUCGGAAGUGGGGAUGGAAGAAUAGUGAUCGCAGCUGCAAAGAAAGGAUUUGAAGCUGUUGGAUUUGAGUUGAAUCCAUGGUUGGUGUGGUACUCCCGUUACAGAGCUUGGAGAGCGGGUGUUCAUCAUUCUACUUCCUUCCACAUAUCAGAUUUAUGGAAGGUCAGCUUUAAUCAGUACUCGAAUGUUGUCAUAUUUGGAGUACCUCAGAUGAUGGAUCAGUUGGAGGGCAAACUGCAGACAGAACUACAGAGCACAGCUAAAGUGGUGGCCUGCCGUUUCCCUUUUCCCACCUGGGCACCUGAUGGCACCGCUGGAGAAGGAAUAGACACUGUGUGGGUAUACGAUGCAGAGUCGUUCAAAACAGAAAGAGGAACACAUCAGGGACAUAUUGUAACUCCACAGCAGCCCCUGGGCAAUGAUGACACUACCACGUCUCACUAAUUGUGUUCAUAUCUGAAUGCUUCAGGGAUUUGUUGAUUUGAAAAUCCUUCCCAGGAUGUUAUCAAAUCAAAUGUGAGAGUCAGUAAUAAUAAUAAAAAAAGAUAAUUUAAGCAAA